AAAGGUCAGUUUGUAAUACCGUAUAAAAUGCAUCUAACACAGCAUGCAUAGAGAAGACAUACUCUGUUUUGAUCAAGUGUAGUCGUGGUAGCUACAAGUGUAAUGGUGUGGAUAAAUAUAGUUUUACUUUUAUCAGUAGUAGUUGUGUACUCAGAAGCAAAGCCUGACAUUGAGAUGUCGUACAAGUUUUCUGAUACAAGGUGCUGGAUAGAAUGUAGUGUAACAGAUAUGCCAGCCAAUUCUGAGGUACUUUUAUCGAAGAUUUCAUCAGAAGACAACUCUGUUUAUUAUUUUUCGGACGGACAUCCGCAGUACAGAAUUUUUAAUAAAGGGGAAACAUAUGUUACUGUUCAGAUAAUGUCUAAUUACUUGCAAUGGGAAGGUGAAUACAUAUGUACAGUAAGAGAGAAGACUCCAAAUCCUACAACAUGGACAACAGAACCUGUAUAUAUAAAGUAUACAACUUCUCCAAAAAUCACAGGCUACAAGUAUGAUAGAAAUUUGAAUCUGGGGUUCUUAGUUAAUGGUACUGAUUUUCGAUUCCAAUGCAUAGCCACAGGCAUCCCAAAACCUAAUAUAACAUGGACAAAAAAAGGAGAUGAACAAUUCCUGUCAGUGGGCCCCAUGUUACAUUUUCCAUCAAUAACCAAAGCUGAAGAUGGAAAGUAUUUUUGUACAGCUGAUAAUGGCGUAGGAAGAGCAAUAGAUAUCGGAACAUUUAUAGAAGUCAACAGAUACAAACCGACGAUGAAAUAUGAUUCUAUUCCUAUUAGGACAGUUACAGAAUAUGAAAUAAACGAGUAUUGGGUAGAUGGAAAAAUGAAAGUCUUAGUUCAAGGUUGCCCUGAUCCAACUGUUACCUGGUGGAAAGAAAGUGAAAAUGGUAGAAAGAAAAUAACCGAAGAAAAUAAUAGUUAUGAACACGGCUUUAUCAUAGCCCGUGGAUGGGACGUCUCGUGUUAUACAGAUAAUAUCGAAAAUACUGAAUAUAGCUUAAAAAUGCACAGGUUCAACAAAACAGAUCUAGGAACCUAUGUCGCAAAAGCGGAGAGUAUUCUUGGUAUAGUUGAGUUAAAAUUCAUAAUCAGACUUGAGACUGAUUAAUAUGAAACUUCGGAAAAUCGAAGACCUGAUGACGCCAGCGAAACAUACCUUAAGUAACCACACUACACCAACAUAUAUUAAUCCUUACUAUGAUUUACAAUCUAAUAAAACUGGUAGCUACAUGUAACAGUAUUGUUGCCUAUUAAAAAACUUACCAACUAUGA